AUGGAAGAAUUGGACAGUAUAGUGCCUCAAGAUGCGCAGCGGCAGUUAGUGUUUUUCGUUAAUGGAAAGAAGGUGGUGGAACACAGCCCUGACCCAGAAUGGACUUUGCUAUGGUACUUGAGAAAGAAACUACACCUUACAGGUACUAAGUACGGAUGCGGGGAAGGCGGUUGCGGUGCCUGCACUGUUAUGAUAUCUCAAUAUUUGAAAGAUCGACAAGAUGUCAGACAUAUAGCCGUAAACGCUUGUCUCACUCCUGUAUGUGCAAUGCACGGUCUCGCCGUGACUACAGUAGAAGGUAUCGGUACAGCUCAAGAACGAUUGCAUCCAGUACAAGAGAGAAUAGCGAAAGCUCAUGGCUCACAGUGUGGAUUUUGUACGCCGGGAAUAGUAAUGUCAAUGUAUACUUUACUGCGAUACAGGAGGAAAAUUGAAUACGUUGAUAUAGAAACUGCACUGCAAGGCAAUCUCUGCAGAUGCACAGGAUAUAGGCCGAUAAUAGACGGAUUCAAAGUGUUUAUGGAGGGAUGGGAAAAAUACUACUUUAGAGAUGACUCAGUACCAAGAUGUUCAAUGGGCAGAUAUUGUUGUCGCCAAAGAGAAACGGUGACCGACAGCGCUUUAUUUAAAAAAUCAAAAUUUACUCCAUAUGAUCCUACGCAAGAACCAAUUUUUCCACCAGAACUUAAAAUCAAUGAUCGAAGUAAAGAAUACCUAUACUUUAAAGGUAAAAAUGUUAUUUGGAUUAGACCGACAAAUAUUAACGAGCUCAUUUUACUAAAACACAAUUUUCCACAUAGUAAAAUAGUGGUAGGCAACACGGAAAUAGGAGUAGAUGUGAAAUUUAAAAAGAAAUUCUAUAAACUUUUAAUUUCACCAGUCAAUAUAGCGUCCAUGAAUUUUUGUAAGGCUUUGGAUGAUGGGAUUCUUGUUGGUGCUGCGUUCACUUUAACGGAAUUGUACAGAUUUUUAGCGAAAUUUUGUAGAGAUCAACCCAAAGAAGGUAAAGUUUUUGGCACUAUCAAAGAUAUGCUUCAUUGGUUUGCGGGUCGCCAAGUUCGAAAUGUCGCUUCACUGGUGGGUAAUAUUAUCACAGCAAGUCCUAUAUCAGACUUAAACCCAAUACUCAUGUCAACGAAUUCUAUACUUAAUGUUUGUAGUUUAAGUAGAGGGAAUAGGAAGGUAUGUAUUGAUGAAAAUUUUUUCACUGAAUACCGUAAAACAGUUGUUGAAGAUGACGAAGUUGUUUUAUCCGUUGAAAUACCGUUUUCGUCAGAUUACCAGCAUAUUAAAGCAUAUAAACAAGCGAGAAGAAGAGACGACGAUAUAUCUAUAGUGACAGCAUCAUUUAAUAUUACUUUUGAUAAAAAUACUGGUGACACAGUACGAGAUGCAAAGUUGUGUUUUGGUGGUAUGGCACCAACAACAAUACUAGCGAAAAAAUCAUCGGAAUUUUUAAAAGGUCAAAAGUGGAAUGAAAAUAUGCUUCAUGAAUUGUUUUGUUCUUUAACACAAGAAUUGAAUUUAGAUAUUUCAGUUCCGGGUGGUAUGGCUGAUUACCGAAAAUCUCUAUGUCUAAGUUUCUUCUAUAGAUUUUACUCGUAUGUUUUGGAUUCCAUUUCUAAAGCUGACGGUAACUCGUUAACACUUGAAAUAUUAAGUGCUAUUAAUGGAAUUCCUAAAAUGAUACCUAAGAGUUCCCAAUAUUUAGAGAUAAAAGAUAAAAUAUCUACUUCUGAUACUGUCGGGCAACCAGUUCCUCAUACGUCAGCUAUUAAACAAGCCACCGGAGAAGCUCUAUAUUGUGAUGAUGUUCCGUCUAUAGAAGGAGAACUUUUUUUAUGUCUGGUAUUUAGUAAGGAACCGUCUGCUAAGAUAAUAUCUAUAGAUGCUAGUGAUGCCUUGGCUUUACACGGCGUGAAAGCAUUUUUUUCAGCAGAAGACUUAGACGAUGAAUGUAAUAAAAUGGGACCUAUUAUAAAAGAUGAAGAAAUAUUUUCAAGAAAUAUAGUUACAAGUCGUGCUUGUGUCAUUGGAGCUAUAGUAGCAAUAUCUGAAAGUAUUGCAAGAAAAGCAAAAGAUAUGGUUGUAGUGAUUUAUCAAAGAAUUGAACCUGUAAUAAUAACAAUAGAAGAUGCAAUAAUGUAUAAUUCGUUCUAUCCUGGCUAUAAAAGAGUUUUAAAGAAAGGAGACGUUAAGAAAGCAUUUGAACAAUAUAGUAUGACUGUGGAGGGAACGGUUAGAAGUGGUGCGCAAGAACAUUUUUAUUUAGAAACUAUUUCAGCUUAUGCAAUCAGAAAAGAAGACGAAUUAGAAAUUAUCGCGACUACUCAAAAUCCUGCAGAUAUUGCGCGUAUUGCAUCUGAAGCUCUUCAAAUACCAAAUCACAAAAUUACGUGCAAAGUAAAACGAAUUGGAGGAGGUUUUGGAGGAAAAGAAACCAGAGCAGCCAUUUUAGCUUUACCUGUGGCACUAGCUGCUUAUAGAUUGAAGAAACCUGUACGUGCCGUUUUAGAUCGUGAUGAAGAUAUGCAAGUCUCUGGUUAUCGACAUCCUUGUUUGAUCAAAUAUAAAGCUGCUUACGAUGGUACUGGCAAAAUUAUUGCCGCUGUUUUUGAUUUUUAUGGCAAUGCAGGAAAUUCAAUGGAUAUAUCAUGUUCGAUGAUUGAAAGGGCCAUAAUGCAUUUGGAUAACUGUUAUUUCAUUCCAAAUAUUGAAGUGAAUGGAUAUCUCUGUAAAACUAAUAUGACAUCCAAUACUGCAUUUCGAGGUUUUGGAGCACCUAAAGCAAUGUUUGCUGCCGAAUGUAUGAUAAGAGAUAUAGCUGAAGCAUUAGAUACAGAUUAUGAGGAUUUAGUAGCAGUAAAUCUUUAUAGAGAAGGCCAAAUGACACAUUUCAAUCAGACGCUUACCUACUGCACUCUACGGAGAUGUUGGGAUGAAUGUAUUGAAACUUCAAAAUAUUGGGAGAGGAAGAAUGAAGUUGAAGUGUUUAAUAGAUCUUAUCGGUGGAAGAAAAAAGGUAUAGCUUUAGUUCCCACAAAAUACGGCAUAUCAUUUCAAGCCGACUUUUUGAUGCAAGCUGGAGCUUUAUUGCAUGUAUAUAGAGAUGGCUCGGUUCUGUUAUCAAUUGGAGGUAUAGAGAUGGGCCAAGGACUCUUUACGAAGAUGAUUCAAGUUGCUACACGAUGCUUAGACAUUGACAUGGAUAAGAUACAUAUAAGCGAGAUGUCUACCGACAAAGUGCCCAAUAGUUCUCCGACAGCUGGUAGUAUAAGUUCUGAUCUAUACGGUAUGGCAGUGAUAAAUGCUUGUAAUAUUUUGAAUGAUAGAUUGAAACCUUAUAAGGAUGACAACUCCGCUGGUAUUUGGGAAGAGUGGGUUAAGGCAGCGUACCUAGAUAGAAUUCAAUUAACUGCGACAGGUUACUACGCGGCUCCGAAAAUAGAAUACGAUCCAAAGUCUAAUAAGGGAAAUUUAUAUGAAUACUUCACGUAUGGGGUGGCGUGUAGUGAAGUAUUAAUAGAUUGUUUGACUGGUGAUCAUAGAGUGUUAAGGACUGAUAUAGUCAUGGACCUUGGGGAAAGUUUGAAUCCAGCCAUUGACAUAGGUCAAAUAGAAGGCGCUUUUAUGCAAGGGUAUGGUUUUUAUACUAUGGAAGAAAUGUUGUUUUCGCCUAGCGGAGAAGCUCUUACACGUGGCCCUGGUACUUACAAGAUACCAAGUAUCUCGGAUAUACCCAAAGAGUUCAAUGUAAGUUUGUUAAAAGGUGCACCGAAUCCAAGGGCUGUCUAUUCAUCCAAGGCAGUUGGUGAACCUCCACUUUUCCUAGCAGCUUCUGUAUUCUUUGCGAUUAAGGAAGCCAUUAAAUCGGCACGGCGCGAUGCCGGCAUUUCGGACACGUGUGUUCCAUUUAAUAUGGAUGUACCUGCAACAUGCGCCCGAAUAAGAAUGGGAUGUGAAGAUCACAUCACCAGACAAGUCGUGCCAACUAUAACAAAAGAGGGGAAACCGUGGAAUGUAAUAGCAUGA